UUUACUUCUGACUUUCAUUAUGAAGACUGCAGGCUUCUUCCUGAGGGUUUCCCUCUGUAUGUUGUUGAUUGUGGAGUCAUCUGGGAUGCAUUUGAAGGGAUCAAAAUCUCACCAACAGAGUGGUGGUGGCGGCAGUGGGGCUGGUGGCAACUUUGCCUCCUACCAGGGAGCACCCACAGGUCAUUCAGCACCAGUACUCUACAGUGCCCCUAGACUGGUAUCUGCACCAGUACUUGUCCAAAACCCUAACGCCCCUCAGCUUGUUGGCUACACAACUCCAGUAGGGAGCAGCCUGGACUCAGCUGCACCUGCUGUUGGUAGUGGGUCGGCCGUGCCCCUUCAGGCUGGCGCUGUCGGUAGUGGGUCGGCCGUGCCCCUUCAGGCAGGACCUGUCGGUACUGGGUCUGUUGUGCCCCUUCAGCCUGGCUAUGUUGUCUCUGGUUCUUCUGUACCCUUUCAAGCAGGAGCCGUUGGUUCAGGGCCGGCUGGAGCUGAAACCGAGUGGGCUGUUCCUCCCCAAAGCUUGACUGAAGCAGCAGAUGAUGCCCAGACCAUGGAUGCCAGUGGCUUUCUCCCAUCACCCCCUCUACCACCACCUCAACCUAGCUUCCAGGCAGGAGAAGCUGCCAGUGUUAUGAGGGAAGCUGAACUUGGCAACUUCCAGCGGCAGACGGAAGAAUUUGGCUAUCCAGCUGACCAACUGGGCCAAGGACAGCAGGGAUUCACAAGUGUGGUUCACCAGUUUGGUGUGGGUGGUUUCUCGGCUCACCCCUAUCCAGACUUUGACUACAAACUCCUGUAUGGCCUGUACCCUCCUGGCACCCAGACUACCUUCAGCCAGCACCAUGAGAAGGGCAAAGACUUCUCGCAGGCCGUCCACUACUUGACGGAGCAUGCUUCUGACGACCAUGGUUCUGUGCAGCAGAAAAAGGUCUUCCAAGCUGCCUCCUAGACUUCUGCAGGAAAUGCUUAGGCGUCUCAAUGCUGGCAGAAAUAUGUCCUCUGCAUAAAAUAUUCUGAUCAAUUUUGGCCAAUAAAGAUU